UUAGUCUGUAUAAUUAAUUUGUAGUUUUAUUCGCAAUAAAUAUCAACUGUAAAUACAGAAACGAUUAUAAAUCAGUAUAUUUAUUAUAUAAAUGGCAUCGUGCAUAUUUGAUGACGACCUGAAAGGCAAAAAUGAAAAGCUCGAACUCGAACGAAUAUCUAACGAGGCGGAUAUGUCGAUAACAAGUGAAAAUUUCAGCAAAUUUCUUGACGAAAAACAUCCUCUCUCGUUUUUAAGGGAAGAGUUCAUAUUUCCAUUAAUUAAAUACAACGAAAAUGCCGAUUCUUCUCUUGUAAACGUAGACGAAAAAUGCAUUUAUAUGUGUGGUAAUUCACUGGGACUCCAGCCAAAGAGAACCGUUGAGUUGUCACAGCAGGUACUUGACAUGAUGGCUCAAGAUGAAAUCUUGUCGGGGGAGAAAUGCUAUACCAAGCCUGAUCCAGACAUGAUGUCACAAAUGGCAAAAAUAGUUGGCGCUAAUGUCGACGAGAUCGCUGUUAUGAAUGGACUAACAGUAAAUCUCCACUUGUUAUUGGUGUCAUUUUAUCGACCAACCGCGACACGACACAAGAUUUUAAUUGAAAGCAAAGCAUUUCCAUCAGAUCACUACAUGGCGGAAUCCCAGAUACAAUACCAUGGGUUUGACCCAAAAACUAGUUUGAUAACAUUGGAGCCUCGACCAGAAGAAGAUACUCUUAGGCCUGAAGAUAUUAUUGACUAUAUUGAAAAGGAGGGGGAAUCUAUCGCCGUGAUUUUAUUCCCAGGUGUUCAAUAUUACACUGGACAAUUAUUCGAUAUGGAAUCCAUUACAAAUGCUGGUCACGCCAAAGGAUGCUGGGUAGGUUUUGACUUGGCGCAUGCUGUGGGAAAUGUUGAAAUUCACUUACAUAACUGGAAUGUCGAUUUUGCAGCAUGGUGUACAUACAAAUAUCUCAAUUCUGGCCCCGGUUGUAUCGCAGGAGCAUUUGUUCACGAAAAACACAAAAACAAUAAUUUCCCUAAAUUUAUGGGACCUUAUCAGGGAGCGAAUUCUACUGUAAUAAGUGAUUACGAAAUAUCGUCUCCCUGUCCCCUAAUGAUGGCAAGUGUGAGAGCAAGUAUGGAAGUUUUUGCGAAAACUACAAUUAAGAAACUACGAAAUAAAAGCUUUUUCUUAACGGGGCUUCUAAAAUAUCUGAUACAACAUUAUUUUCCAAUGUCAAACAAAGAAUUAAACCUACCAACCGUAUCCAUAAUCACGCCAGAUAACUUCCAAGAACAUGGCGCACAACUCUCAUUAGUUUUUUCUGUUCCAUUAAUCGAGAUUCACAAAGAAAUGACGAAACGAGGAGUCGUGUGUGAUGUCAGGAAACCCAACGUUAUUAGGAUCGCUCCUACUCCUCUUUAUUGCACAUUUCACGAUGUAUUUCGAUUUGUGGAGGUUUUGAGAGAGUCAUUUCAAGCAGCUUCGAGCAUUAUAAUUCGAAAAUAAAAAUUUUAAUUCGAUUGUUUAUUUUUUUCUUUCGUACCACCCAUUCCUGCCUGGGCCCUAACUAACGACUACUUUUUUAUGAAUUAAUGAAAUUAAUGCUAACUAUAAUUAAUUACCGGUAAUGAAAACACUGAUCACGAAUAAAUAGUCACUUAAUACCACA